UAACCAAUCACGAGCGCCGCGCUGGGAAUCACGGGAGCUACAGGGCUAUAAAAGACCUGGUUACUAUUUUGUGCUCCCGAGUCACCCACAGCAUAGCCUGAGAGUCCAAGCUGGUCCCCUCCAGAAACCUCAGCGCCUGCGCUGUAGCCGCUGAAGGAACCACCCCCGGGGCAAGGUGGGUGAGCGUUAAGUUGAUUAGCAUGGCGGCUGAAUCUGGGUCCGAGUUGGGCUGGCAAGCUCUGCCCACGGCCGUCCUGGGCGCUCUGAGCACUCUGGGCAGCGAAUUCCUGCGCGAGUGGGAAGCGCAGGAUAUGCGUGUGACCCUCUUCAAGUUGCUGCUCCUGUGGCUGGUGCUGAGCCUCCUGGGGAUCCAGCUGGCCUGGGGGGUGUACGGAAGCACCGUGACCGGCCUGUACCACCGCCCGUCCUCGGGUCUAGGAGGCCAGAAUGGCUCCACGCCCGAUGGUUCUUCCUUGUUUCCUCCAUGGGAAACAUCAGAAAACGAAUCAAUCAAAACCCAUCGUGAAUGAAGAAUGAAAGCCUCGAGGGUCUGGCUCUCAUGCUGCCUCUGCACUAGCAGUCUAUCUUUGUUGGAUUCCUAUCUGCCAAGGGCCCCACUGACACCAGUUGGUUUAUUUUGGGGAAGAGACCCGUCUAGGGAAUGGUGUAGGUUUGAGGAAAACAGAGGAAAUAAUACUAGGGUCAAACCCUAGGAAGUUAUCUCAGUUCCCCAUUUGCCUUUUCUAGAGAGACUUUCCCUAAUGAGGAAAGGCCAAGGCUCUGAGCCCCAACCUUAGAGGAAGCAUGGCCUGCCUGACAUCUCCUUGCUAACCUCCCCCUACCACCCCCAUUAUGUUCCCUUGACAGCUGACACUUGGGGCAACCCCUGCCUGGAAGGAAUUCAGGAGGGAGGUGGUGGAAAGGAUCCUCUGUCUUGUUUUCCUCAUGCAGCUUUGCACCCCUUUUGAUAAGGCUGAGAAUCACAGCCUGCACUAUCACAAUGGGGUGCUACAGUUGGAGCUUUGGACAGAAAACAUUUCUGUUGUGGGGGGCUUGUGGCAACUUGUCCAAUGGAAUUCAUUUUUGAAGGGGGGGGGGGAUGUCUGUGACCCCUCAAUUCCUCCCACUUUCCAGGAGGUCUUUUAGUUUACUUACCUGGGACAUGAGUAAUUUCCAGUUUGUCUUGCUGGAAUCUGGGGGGGGGGGGGGUCCUCCAAAGCAUAAUGUGAACCCCAGGCUGAGGCCUGGUCAGCUUAGAUCUGAAUAGUGAUUGAACAGUUUCCCUGACUCAGAUGGGCCUGAGCCUCAAGGGAAUCUUGCAUGCUCCUAAUCCACUUAACCGAAUUGCCUUCUUUUUGGCCUGGGGCUGUACCCAGAGCUCCCCCACUUGGGGCAAUCAACUUCACUAAGGUGUCUGGGAUAUGGGCCUAGAGGAAGGCUUCAACUUGAAUGAUUAUAUUCUCCUUGCUUGACAACAGACCACAUUGGACUCUUAACUUAGCUGGAUUGGAGGCUCAGCAAAUGCAUAAUUUUCUCCAUUAUCUUCUGUCGCAGUUUGGGAAAACCGAGAAGAGAUAAAAGAUGUGAAGGACCACAGCCAGCCUGUGGCUUGAAAGUCACCCAUUUUUUGAGAGACUCUUAAGUUCUUCAUGUACCUAAAAGGUCUUUGAAGGGAAUAGGCCAGAAUAUCCCAUGCUCUUUAAGUGAUACUGGCUUAAUGCAGCCAAAGGAUCUAGGAAGCUGGGCUAGGCCUGCACUAGCUUGCAGAAAGGAUGCUUUUUCUCCAGGGCCUCUGCUCACUAGGCAGUGUUACCUCUUGCUGGCAUUGAUCGAUAGUGUUCUUACCUGCAAGAUGGCAUUUUGGAGCCUCAUCCCAGGGGAAGGAGGCCUAUUGAAAUGUGAUUUCACAUUUGUUAUCAAAAUCUGACAGGCCAACCAGCUGCUACCUCAUCUCGCCCUUUCUCUGGCUUCUGCAUCUUUGCCUUUUCCCUUCUCCACUGAUUUGGUGGUGCAAACUAAUAAAAGCUUGUUUAUGAAACAUC